AUGGAAUCAGAAAGAGAAGGGAACAGUCUCCUACAUUCUGUCUCUCUAUACAUGUGGGGUGUUCAGGAUACAGACCUUGUCCUGCAGAAAAUUUUCCAUGAGGCAUUGGUGAAAACCCAUGAUACAAACUUCAAAUUACGAUUACAGACAGAAUACAGAAAAGACCAGGGAUUUCUCGAUCCAGAUUUGCUCCAUCAGCCAAAGAUCUGGGAUCAAGAAUGGCAGAAUGUGAUUGAAUCAUCCAAUCCUGCGUCUCCUGCAGGCCAUCCUUUUGCAAACAUUUAUCAGGAUGUCCACAUCUUUGUGUUAGCCAACAUCGUCAGGAGACCCAUAGUUGUUGUAGUUCCAUCAAACUACAUCAGGUUGUAUAUUAAUCCUUUGCCUGACGAUCUUAACUUGGUUCAAGAUUAUUUCCAGCUGGUUAAUCACCAGUACAAAUUCUGGCAGCAAAACACAGACAAAGAAAGAAGUGGGAGAAAUGAAGAUGAACUUGCUUUUCUCUCCAAUCUGUCUAUUGUGGGAGACAAAUGUUUAACUCCUGGAUGCACAUACUUUUGCUCAAAAUUCACAAAGCCAUUCUGUCACACAUGUCAUGAUGCCUUCCAAAAAGAAGAUGUCUCUUUGGGGGCCAACAAUUGUAAACAAAGUGGUGUCCAAGGAGACGAUGUGAAGGAGUUAGAGUCCGAAAGUCCAACAAUCUUUGGAUUGCAAGACAGCAGGAAAACCCCAUCAACUCCCCCAAAAGCAGCACCACCAUCAUCAUCCAAUAAUCACAUCUGCAGUAAGACCAAUGCCCUCAAAUGCAAAACAUCUCAUUGUCCAUUCACUGGAAAUGGAAUAAUGAAUGGAUUUUGCCCAAGUUGCUUCCAAGGAAGAAGUGGCCACAUUCCAGAGGAUGGCAGUAACUCUGAUCCACAUUUUCCAAAAGUGGCAGAUGAAUUUGUGGAGCAAGGGAUGGAUUUGUGGGGAGAAAGUUGCAACAGUUGCAAACAAGUGAUAAGGACAUUCAAUGGUUUGUGUUUCUCUUGCUCAGAGAUGAGGGAUUCACUCUCAAAGUCACAGACCAGAACCAAGCAAAUUCCUUUAGGGUCACCGCAAGCUGCCACGGCCAAGAGUAGCAGGUAUGGACCACUCCUUCACCAGGAACAGAGACAGAAGUUCAGUCAGCUGAAUGAAUCUGCAAAAUGCAGAAAUCCAAACUGCCAGUACUUUGGGACUGAAGAACAGAAUGGAUUCUGUACUGCAUGUUUCUUUAGAUAUGUGGAAGAAAUUGGAGCAUCUGCUGAGCAGGAUCCAAACCAGCAAGUCAAUCAUUCUCCAACUGCUCCCAAUGAGAACCUUGCUCAGAUUUCAUCCCACCUUAAAAACAUGUCAGUUUGUUCUAAAGCUGAGUGUAGCAUGCUUGCCAAUCCAGUGUACAGUGGAUAUUGUGAAAAAUGCUAUGUUAAUGCACAGGGUAAGCAUUCACAAAGAAUCAAGUCUGGCAAUGAUGUUCCUGCAGAUCAACAGACUUGGAGUCCUAUGGUGCCGAAUAACCCAUCGAAUGUUCAGGGAUUAUCUGACAGAACGACCAACAAACUCUUUGAGGUGGAGUUAGUGACAAGCGGCAACAGCAGCGAUGGAGGUUGUUUGCAGUGCUCUCAGAUUCGCAUUUUAUCAUCAUCAGAUCAACAGAACCUGGAGUCAAAAAGAAACCUUUGUAGAACUCAGGACUGUGUGCACUUUGGGAAUGCAAAAUGUGAUGGAUACUGUAAUGCUUGUUUCACUACUUUACAGAUGCACAGAAAGUAGAUAUUCUGGGACAACAGACAGGGGAUACCAGCUGAUUUUGUCCUCUCCCCAGUUGUUCAUUGCCAAUUUUCUCAUUGUAAUGCAGUCCAUAUCACAGUUGAGCAUCUAGCAAAAGACCAAUUUCUUUCAGAAAAAACAAAGCUGAAAAAAUAGUUUGCAAUUUAUUUAAAAUUCAAAGUACAUGGGAUUGAGGACAGUGACAUAGAUAAAGAACUGGUUGGCAGACAGGAAACAAAGAGUAGGAAAAAAUGGGUCAAUUUUCUGAGUGAAGUUUUUCAUUUUUCUGAGCCAGUGAUUAGUGGGGUACCGCAGGGAUCAGUGCUUGAACCCAGCUGUUCACAAUCUAUACAUUAAUUAUUUGGAUGAGGGAACUAAAUGUUACAUCUCCAAGUUUGCAGACCACACAAAGCAGGGUGAAAGCGUGUAUUGCAAGGGGGAUGCAAAGAUGCUUCAGUGUGAUUUGGACAAAUUAUGAGUUAGGUAAAUGCAUAGCAGAUUAAGUAUAAGGUGGAUGAGUGUCAGGUUAUCCACUUAAGUCAUAACAAUAAAAAAGCAGAUUAUUAUCUGAAUGCUAGUAGAUUGGGAAAGGGGGAGGUGCAAUGAGAUGUGGGUGUCCUUGUGCACCAGUUGCUAAUGGUAAGCAUGCAGGUGCAGCAGGUAAUAAAGGAGCUAAAUUCUCUGUUGGGCUUCAUAGUGAGAGAAUUCGAGUACAGGAGCAGCAAUGUCUUGCUACAAUUGUACUGGGCCUUGGUGAGACCAGGCCUGGAGUAUUGUGU